AUGGAGGCCCGUUCAAUCGAUAAGGGGUAUCGGGCCACCGGACGACCGAACAGUUGUAUCCGGUCGUUGGUGGAUUGUAAAACGAACAACAUGCGAACGUUACUGCUUCUAGCUGCCGUCCUGCUACCGGCGACGGUCUACUCCUUAGCCGUUGAUCCACGGACGAUCGAUUGGUCUGCGGUGAGGACCUUGGAACAAACCGAUGCCGUACGAGCCGCUCAAGGACUUCCACCACUCACGGAUGAAGAGGUACGCUCUUCACGGAUCGCCGAUGGACAGAUUGCCUCGCCGAUGCAAUUCCCCUGGGCAGCCGGUGUCCUAAUCUCGGGUUCGUCCUCGCACAGCUUCUGCAGCGGUGUGCUAAUCUCCCGUCGCUAUGUUCUUACGGCCGCUGUGUGCAUCUCAGGAUCCAACACCUUGACUGUCCUUUUGGGAGCCUCGGACAUGACGCGAGUCGAGGAGUUUAUCGGAGUGUCCAACAUUCUGUCGCAUCCGAACUACAGCUCGUUCUUUAACCGAGAUGAUAUCGCGAUUCUUACGCUGGAUCGUGAGGCCCCAGUCCGGGAUACGAUCCGUCCGGUGGAUUUGCCACGGCUCAGUCAAGUAGGAAAUAGUUUCAAUGAUUGGGCUGCCACUACUGCUGGCUGGGGUAACACAGGACGCCGUGAGAACGAGCCAGUUCCCAUCCAGAACCUACAUUUCGCCGUUGACUCAGUGACUAGCAACUUCCGGUGCGGAUUGUCGCACACCUUCAUCCGGGAUACGCACAUCUGCACCAUGACCAACAAUGGAGGAGCCUGUAAUGGCGAUGAAGGUGGUCCAGUGACGGUAACCGAGAGUGGCCGUACUUUCCUCGUCGGUAUUCACUCGUUCCACUUCUCCGGACUGUUUGGUUGCGAUCGUGGCCGCCCAUCGGUGCACACUCGUAUCACCGAGUAUCUGGGUUGGAUUCAGCAGAACACCGAUAUCGUUGUCGAGCCCUAGCUGAUGACCUUGGAUUAUAAUAUCCGGUCGCUGGAUGCGUGGUAUCGAAUAAUGGAUGGAUUUGUGAAUAAAGAAUUUC